GUUAUUAAGACAACGGGUAUAGAACAUAAAGAAAUGCAACACGUCUUCGUUGGUCUGCUUGCUGUCUUAGUGGUUGCGCGAGCCAUUCUAGACUUUUCAUAUUACGCACAACUUCGAAUGCACACUGUUGAUUCCCUCGAUGGUCUGGAGAGCGCGCUUGCGGUGUUUCACACCAACAAGGACAUCCUUCAAGAGCUUGAAGUUCAUGAUCACUUUAAUAUUCCUAAACUCCAUCAAAUCUCACACUUCGUUAAGUCAAUCACUCCAUUUGGUUCCACUGAUGGUUUCAACACUGAGCUUCCCGAACGUUUACAUACCGAUUUUGCCAAAGACGCCUAUCGUGCCAGCAACAAACAUGACUACGAGGAGCAAAUGGCCUUAUGGCUUCAAUGGCAAGAAGCCAUAUUCCUGCGUAGUUCUUACCUUGAUUGGUUGUCAGAACGCUCUCAGUCAGCCACAGUGUCCAGUUACACAGAUCCCAACCGCAGAUAUGACUUGGAUUCAGACUCAGACGCCGAGAUUGAAGAGUUGCGCAGCACUGCCCCCACAAAUGCAAGUCCGUCACUUCCUAUUGAUGUGGUCCAUAUUCUCGCCAAAACUCCUGCACACCCUCGGCAGUCUGUUGAUCACCUCAUCACCGCACAUGGCACCACCAUGUUUCUCCCUGCCCUCAAAUCUUUCCUGCAUGAGCACAUACCAUGCAACAACAUCAUCCCCGGUCCACAUGACCAGUUUGAUGUUUAUCGACAAGUCGUCAUAGUUACUCCCCCUGAUCCACGCGCCAGUGACUCACCAAAGUGGUUGCGCAUUAGAGCGACACCUGAAGUGCAGCCUGGUCCUGGCCAGAAACAUGGGACCCCCGCUAGAUUUGAUAUGGCACUGAUAAGUGAUGGUGUUAGGACAUCGAAUUUGCGGACAUUCGAAGGUGUGCGAGUUGCGCAAGUUCGUGUUAUAUUCACCUUGCCUCAUCAGUUUCAAGUUGGGAGUGGCCCACUAGCUUACGUCAAGUGGUUCACGCCGCUUCGGGAGCCAGAUCCCUCCUGUGGCCUGCAUCAAGUGUCACGUUCGACUCAUCAGCUGCAACAGAAUGCAGCCGUGAUACAUCUAGAUAAAAUCGUUUGUCCGUGUCACCUUAUUCCAAAGUUGGGUCCGUCUGUUGACCCCAGGUGGAUGAGUGCGAACGUCUAUGAGAUGGCACAUGAUUUUUAUUUGAAUACUUUUAUUGACCUUGAGACUUUUUGUAUUUCUGCUCGUAGUGUCUAG